AUGGUUUUUCUCAAUGUCUCAAGUUCGCCUGUUGACGUGCUAAGCUGGGCUACUCGUCGGGCCGGCGGCACCGGGCUUUUCAACAGCAAUUCCCCUUCGCUCUGCUCGUGUUUGCUCGUUCUACACUCUCUGAGGAGGGAAGGCCUGAAUGGGUUGCUGAACGAACUCGCCACAGUAAGCGAUGACGAAGUUCUCAAAAGUCUCCAGCCUGAAGCGAGAAGCGGGGAUAAAACUAGUGUCAUUGAAAUCGCACAAGAACUUUCGGGGGGCGACAAAUCAGCAUGUGACGCAAAGGCUGCAAAUAAGUCGCCAUAUUCUGGAUUUGUCAUUACUUUUGAUCACUCCACGAAGUCCGACUGCGAAGCUUUGAUCAGUGCAUCCUUCACUGCAGGAUUGAGCCAUCUGCAACAGCAGAACUACGACGCAUCGGCUGAUAGCACCAAGCUGGGCGAGGCUCCAUGGGACAAUCUGGCGGCCAAAAAUCUUGCGGCCAUAGUGUCUACUAAAGCGGAGAAGGUAUCAUGUGCUGCAACUGCAGAAUGCGAAGCUGGUAGCAAUGUCUUGUUUUGCUAUUUCAUACAGCCCCUGGCUUUGGAGGAACUGCAGCCGAUCAAGGCUGAAGUAUAUGAGGCACUCCUGAGGCGACAGCACGGCUCGGCGUACAUUCCACCUCCUGGCAUUACGGCUGCGCUUUUUACUCUCACCUUGGCAGUCUUGAGUUAA